CCAACGCAAUCGGAGGACUCGGACUACAAGAUCUGAACAUGCACAUAUCGGGCGAGAGUUUAAAAUAAAUACUUGGAUCGAUCUGGUGGGAGAAAGUUUGGGAUAGUACGACAAAUAAUGAAGCCUAAUAGAAUUAUAUCAAUGACGGGGUUAAGAAUAGAUCGCUUGAAAGACAGUUUACGAACUGACUAAGCAACUAAAACUUAGAAGGUCAGUGCAGCAAUUGGGGGUUGCCAAAGUAACUGGAACUGGCAAACACAAAGUGAGCUUUCAUCCGCUUGCAGUCUGAUUUAGUCAGUCUGUGACGAAAUCUGGAGACCCGGUUUGUGCAAUCUUUACCGGGCAAGGGGCGCUGGACCGACUGCGGCGUGGCUGCGUAGCUUUUCCGAGGAAAGACUGAAAUAAUGUAUCUUCUGUUUCCUCUUAAUUAAUAAGUUGUAGUCUUAGAUAAAUUACAAAAUGAACAUCUCUGAAGUUGAAGAUCACAUCUCGCAGAAGUAUGACAUAAAGAAAAGAUUGGGGAAAGGGGCCUAUGGCAUCGUCUGGAAGGCGGUGGACCGGAGAACUGGGGAGGUUGUUGCUGUGAAGAAGAUCUUCGAUGCUUUCAGGAACAGGACUGAUGCUCAGAGGACAUUCAGAGAGAUCAUGUUCCUUCAGGAGUUUGGAGAUCAUCACAACAUCAUCAAACUGCUCAACGUCAUUCGGGCUCAGAACGACAAGGACAUCUAUCUGGUGUUUGAGUACAUGGAGACGGAUCUACAUGCGGUCAUUAAGAAGGGGACCCUGCUGAAGGAUAUUCAUAAGCGAUACGUCAUUUACCAGAUCCUCACCGCCACCAAGUACCUGCACUCAGGAAACGUCAUUCACAGGGAUCAGAAG